UGCAUGUGUGUGUGUGUGAGAGAGAGAGUGUGAAUGAUUCAGCAGCUCCGAGCGGCGGCAGCUCCUACUCGGCUCUCUAUCAAGAAGAGCAGCGCCAGCUCUCCGCGGAUUUAACCAAACCCAAAUUCUCACCGAGACGCGCGAGGGGGCAGAGGCAAACCCCUGCAGGCGACAAACAUCUCUCGGAGACCCCGUGCUGCAGCGUCCACAGGCCCCGGGCGGGGAGCAGAGGAGACCGCAGGCUCCCGCAGCCGCUCAUCCCUUCUCUUCCCGGUUCUCCGUGAGGAUUUUUUACCGCUCUUCAUCGUUCUAAUUAGGAUUCUUGUGUCUCCGUCAGGCUGAUUUCUGUUGGAUUCAACUAUAACACAUCUGAACCUACUGACUGCUGAUAAAAAAAAGAGAAAGAAAAAUAACAGCGGCGACAUUUCCGGGAUUCUGGUCUGGGUCUGAUGCUCGGAGUGUCUGCAGCUCUCCUGACUCUCCAUGCUGAAGUGGGCGGAGUCUGAUGUCAGCACCACCUCUUGUUGAACCCCCUGCCAUGCCCACCAUGGUUUCCAGGCUGCCGAAGUUCGGCUCCCGACCCCGGUCCCAGACGGCUCCUGCAGCGGCGGCUCCAUCCGGCGGAGCUGCGACCGCCGCGUGCAGAACUCGCCUCACCAACGGAUUCUACCACCACCCCGGACCGGCGGGUGUUUCCGUGCCCCCGUCCUCUGCAAAGCAGAACGGAUUCAUCCGAGUGCCGUGUUCAUUUUCCGCAAAGUGGAGGAAGGAAAACGCAGCUGAUGGUGACGAGAUAAUGGCCGGAGAGUCUGAGUGCAAGAGAGGGAAAGGUGGGAAUGUUGUGCAGAAUCGUAGCAACUGUCAGCCGUAUUUCUACCUGCACGAUGCCAGAAAACACACCACAUCCACUGCAGCGAAAGGGCGUGGCCAGCUUACGUCGUAUUCCUCAUCAUCAUCAUCCCCGUCUCCACAAUCCAGCCCCAGAGCUCUUCCCGUUUCUAAAAAUGGAUCAGGAGGUUCUAAACUGACUCAGAACUCUUCUGUGCUGUCCAAGCAGAGUGUAAACACAAAUCCCGGAUCCAAAGCAGGGACGAAGACCAUCUCUUCUCUGAGGCCGCCUCAGAGUUUUGUUCGCCUGACAGGUACGAGGCCCGGCUCGGGCCCUGCAUCGCGAUCGGGUUCCCCGCUCCUGAAAAAGCCAGCAGCUAGCCGCUCCCAUUCCAGCGACAACCUGGGCUGCGCCGCUUCUGCGCGGCUGACUGAAAGCGACCGCUUCCGCUCCCGGAGCCUCACCCAGGUCCGACAGCAGGCCUCUCCCACCCUGACCCGGACCGCCGCCUCUCCCCACAUGUCCGGCUCCUUCUCCACCAACAGGGCCGCCCAACGGGUUCCCCCUACCUCCUCCUCGCAGGGUCCUCCGAGAGGCAGCUUGUUGAAAUCGCCUGUGAGCAGAGCUGCUUCAGGCAGGGCGGCUGCCGGCGCCCCCUCCCAGCUGCCGCAGUCGGCCAUAAGGAAGCCCCUCUUACCGGGUCCGACCUCCAGGUCCAGCGGCAUCAGCUACAAGCUGUCCCGCCCGUCGCUGGUCAAGCAGUCCAGACCCCUUCGAGCAAAAGGAACCAGCGUGUGCAGAAGUGAACAGGAAGUAAACAGAGGACCAACGAGACGAAAGAACUCUGUGGAGACGCCUUCAUCUACCGAAAACAGCCCAGAAAACACUCCAGACGCUGCGGAGAUGGAGCAGCUUUCUGACGACCUUGCGUCCCAGGGAAUGGGAUCGAUUGUCGGUGAGACGCUUGAGGACAUGUCCCUGUCCUCCACUUCCUCCCUGGACAGGAAUGACAUCAGCCAGGAAUACAUGGAUGACUUUGACAACCUCGGAAGCGGAGGGAUUGGCAUUUUACUGUUUUCAUCCAAAAAUGAAGAGGAUGACUCAGGACUCGACCAGUCAUGCACCAGGCUGGAUGAUGACAAGGAUGCAAUUAGCAAGGUCGCCAAGACAACAGGACUGUGCUUCCUAGAUGAUAGUCUGGACUGGACUUCCAUCAGAGGUGAUAAAGACGAGCACCGACUUAACCAACUUGCCCGUCGGAGAAAGUCAAGUCAGCCUGACUAUCAUGAACAGGGCGGCUCCUCUCUGGACCUGUCCCCCUCUGACAGCUGUGGCUCUGGGGGUACCUACAUGUGGGACGAGGAAGGUCUGGAGCCUCUGGGGGGCGCCACCACUACCGCCUCCAUCCACACCAACAGCAACACCACCCACCACAUCGGGAGCUUCGACUCGGACAUCAACAGCAUCGAUCUCUUAAACAACCUGGACUCUUGUGAUCUGGCUGACGAUGACCUCAUGCUGGACGUAGAUUUCCCAGAGGACUCCUCGCUGCACAGCGAUGGAGAGGGGCUGUCCAGCAUGGCUCAGUGGAGAAGAAGACAGCUCUGUUGGGGAACGCAGGACAACGACGUUGAGAGUGAUAUCCAGUGCUACAAACUCUCUCAGGACCUUGAAACAAAGGAGGAUAAAAUCAGGUCGGCCUGCUGCUCCCCGGCGCCGCAGACUCUGGGUCUGGACGUGGAGGAACUCGCUGAGGACUGCUCCGCAGUCCGGUCACAGCUGGAGUUCCUGCAGAGGUUGCUGCUGCAGGAGGAGGAUUUGGACGACGACACUCUGACCACGGACACUCUUAGUCCAGAAACAAACGACUUGUCUCACAGUUCGGACUCGCAGGUGGAGGCGCUCCUGCAGGAGGUGCAGCAGCUCCGGGAGGAACUGAGGAGCCGAGACCGGACCAUCGCACAACUAACCAUGCAACUGACUGUUCCCACACUGACCACCAGGUGUCGCUGUCAGGAGGCGUCUGAAAGGAUGCAGCAGCAAACGCAGACAAGUGUGACAAACAGCGAGUGUGUGGCCUCGCAGACACCCUGGAGAGAACACACCUCACAGGUACUUCACGCCUCCCAUCAGGAAGACCAGGAACCACUGACAAACCAAGCACCGUCUUUAGGUAACCCCGCCCACGCUGAAAUGCUCCCUGACGGUCUCCCCCCAUCUUUUAAACCAAUCGCCGCCACCUGCACAACCCCAACAAGAGCGAUGGAUGAUGGAAACCCACAGAGGAAGCCGGGGAGGGAGGAAGAAGAGACGGAAAGGAGAGGGACCGGUUCCAGAUCCCUGAUGCCUCCGUACCCUUCCAAGCUCCGCCUCUUCCUGUCUCAUGCUGCCAACAGCUCCACCCCGGCAUCCCCAAAGGCGAGGCCGUCGAGGCAGCUGUUGGAUCGUGUCAACUCUCCGGGGCUGAAGACGAAAGCCUUCGGCUCCGGAUCGACGCGACUCCCCAAACCAAAGAGCUACUGAGGCGGCCACUGACUGACUGUAUCCGUCCUGAAUCCUCAAAUUACUUAAUAUUGAUAUUCUGAGCUCAGAUUAAACGAAAAAGCACUACAUUAGGAAGACUGAUACCACCCAGAUCUCGGAAGACAUCACGGACAAAAACCGUGGAUUUGUGCCUUUGAUUUGGAAGACGCUGUCUCACAGUGGAUCGCUGGAACCGAACGUCAUUUAAAGUCUAACCUGAGAUGUUUCACAUGCUGCUGCUGCUUACAUUUUAAUCUUUAUUGGUCCUCUGAUGAGUUUCAGACUGACUACACCCAGCCUCUGUGAGAGGAAAAGUGUUUGCGUUAAUUUAAAUGAAGUCUCCGACGUGAAACCCGGCCUUCUUUGCGUUCCAUCGAACACUGGAUGCAAACCUAUAUCUAAUAUCUUAAGUUCACCUUCAGCAACACACCCUUUUUCCUUUUUGAACCGCUGGUCCGAUUGUUUCUCCCUUCCCACAACCACAGAAGAGACGGAACCCUUCGUCCUUCUGCCCGCUGCUUAUCAUCUCUUCUUCCAGACAACCUUGACAUGAGGAAAUACUUUUUCUUCUGAAGCUUUUGAGCCUCAAACUUUCUUCUUCUUGGUUAAUUCCCCAGCUUCUCACAGGGAAAACGUCCUUCCUAAAGGAAGAGUUUGGGUUUGUCUAGCUGUUGCUUCCAGUGAAACCUUCUUCCAGACCAUUCGGUUAAGCUUCACUGCAAAAACACAAAAUCUUAGCAAGUCUUUUUUCUUUUCUUUGUCUAGUUUCUAAUGCAAAUCUCUUAGCUAUGUUUAAUUUCAAGUGUGUUAUCUUGAAAGUAACUUUUAAGAGCUUCUUUUUAAGUCUAUACUUAAUAAUAAUGGAAAAAUAGUACUUCCAUUGGCAGAUCUUUAAAUUUAAAAAUGAGUGAAAAAAUCUUCCGAUAGAACUAGGUUGGGGUUUUUAUAGGUUUUUUUUUAUUGAUCUCAAGGAAGUCUUGACUUAAAACAAGCUGCUAUCUUUCUGAAGUUGCUUGUAUGUUAGUUUUGUCUUAUUUUAGUCGAGCUAAGAUAUUUGCAUUAGAAACUGGACAAAAAUACUUAAUGAUAUUUAACGUUUUUCCCUUUCGCUUUAGAACGCCACUCUGGGAUCUUUUUCUCUCUCGCACUAUGGCCGUACUGUGACGUUUCUCUAAAGGCGUUUGCUCUCAAUCCUCCUCCAAGCUCUGAACUGAAGGAUCUAAAUCCUUACAGGAGUUAUUUUGUGGUUAACAUUCAGCAGAGGAGCUGCCACUUGUUUCAGCAUAUUUUUUAAUUUAAUUUCUCUGUUCCUCAAACAAAUCCUGACAUUUGAGCUUCGCUUUGCCGUCUGAAACGGCUUUCAGCCGGAAUGUCAUGUUUCCACGGCGCCGAUCUGAAACCGGGACACGUUUCCAGAACCGUUCCUAACAUUUUGCUAAAUCGAGGAGUUAUGCACUCGCCUGGAUUCCUUCAGGAAGUUUGAACCCAGUGACAUUUUCGCUCCGCCGAUGCCUCAAGCCCACCAGUAAGAUCCCAUGUCAUCCGUAUCGGCGACUAUCUGUCAGCUCUGCCUGCUCUCACAUUAAACAGCUCUGGAAUAAAAUAUGCAACACCGUUAGGGGGAAAAAAAACAAAACAGAAACGGACGCAGAAAUAUGCAAGCUGGCUUCGCUUCAAUGCAACGACUCUUAGUCACAGAUGUUGGUGAAUUUUUAGAAACAUGAUGACUUUUUUGUUGUAUACGACUGGAUGAUUCCACGGCUUUAAUGAGAGAAAGAAAACUUUCUGGGUUUUUGACUGGUGGGAGUAAAUGAAACUAAUUAGAUGUCAUUCUCCCUGAGAUCAUAAACUCCUCAAAUCUGACGCUUUACAUUUUCUAUUCGAAAUUGUUCGCUUUUUUUCUUCUUUUUUUGGGGUUAGACCUUUUAUACGUCCAGCUCACAAGAGAAAAUGCAAGUUUUUAAUGUUUUCACUGACAACUAAGAAUUUCUCCCUUUUAUAAAUAGAGUUAAAGUUGAUAAAGAGUAAAGUUUCCUCUAAAGAAUCUGAAAUCAGUGUAGGACAAUUCUGUCUGGGGUGAAAUAAUUGAUCCCGAUGCCAAAAAAUAGCAUUAAUACCUCCAGUUUUCACAGCCCAAAUUCCUUAGCAAUAAACAAAUGCAAUAGCCAUUGCAUCUGUAGAAUAAAAUAAUAAAUGCUAAAUAAUUCGGUUCCGUUUUAGAUUUUUAAGCGCGAGUGAGAAUCUUCAACUUGGAUUCCUGAUCUCAGCAUCGUUUACCAAUUAUAUUAAAAUUGCAUGUAGAUGCAUUAAAGUUGCACUUAGACUUUAACUCAAAGAGACAAGAAUCUCUUUGAGUUAAUUUAGCUACGCAAAUGUAAUACAGACUGUAGCGCAGCUGUUUUCAAAGAUGGAUGCCGCAAAGCCAAAAAUAUUGUAAUUUUUAAAUGCGUGAUUUAAAAACGUUAACAAUAUUCAGUCGGCAUAAAGAGCGAUCGAACGCUUGGAUCUCAUCCGGUCAAACUUUGUGCACGUUUAUGUUGUGUCAUGUUUAAGUCAACUUCAGUCUGAAUCUGCAUCUCUGCGUUUUAGCGUCACCAUAAACAUUGGAACCACCUUUAUUGUACAUAUGAGCCUGUUUUCAGAACAGGAAGCGUUAACUAAAACCAAAAGCUGGCACGUUUUGUCAUAUUUUAUCAAACCAAGAUGAAACACGAGGGCGACGGGAAGUCAACAAAACAACCAAAACAACAAAAUACAUAUUUACAACCUUUGACUAUGCACAAGUGGUCACAAGAUUCUUGUGCAUAUUGUGAGAAACUGCUGUAAAAAACCCCCCAAAACUCCAGUUGUGCAUCUUUUCUUUUCCUCUUGUCGUUUUGUUUCCAGGCUAAACGCAGAUUGUUUAUGACGGAGCGCUCACCCGCCUCGUGACUCUCUGACCACCUCUCUAGUCUUCCUCCCUCCCUCGCACCUUCCCCACUUUUUUUCUUUUUAGUACCAGCCGUUAGUCCAGUAGUGGAACGGCAGCUUCUGCCCAGGUGAAGCAGUUAAAGCUUGUUGCCAUGGCAGCGCAGAUCCGUGUGGAAUCGCAGCCCAUCCUCGUGUUUCUUUUGUUGUUCCCUGUUAAAUGAAUCAUCACACACACGUUAAAACCCGCGGGUGGUUGGGCGGGUUUUUUUAUGUUGUUUUUUUUUUUCCCCAAAAAAAAUUUUAUCUUCCACUGCUUUGGAAAAACACACCAAGUUUUUCAUUUCCAAAAUGUUUUGUCUGAUUUAAUUUAUUAUUAUUAUUGCCUUGAAAGUGAGACAGAAAACAAAGAAAUUCUUGUAAAAAGUUCCUACAUUUCAUUCAACUUUCCGGGUGUUCAGGCUCCACCUGCGCCCCUUCUGACCUUGGUGCGCUCUGUCGUUAAAGUGGGGGAAGGUUCGGACAUGCGGCGGCUGCUGAUGAGUUCUUAUCUGAAGCUCAAGAGAGCACAGGCAGGAUUUCUGGAGUAAUAAAAAAAAAAAAAAAAGCAAGCAGAUUAACAGUUUCUUAGCGAAGGCUUACACUGGAUUAGGCAGGUGAAUAUUCACAGAACCCGUGACGACCGAGAGCUGGAUUAAACCUGAAGGUCCUUUCAUCUCGGGCAGAUUCCUUCACGAUGAGGAGUUGCUGUUAAUCUGGCCUCCAAGCGCGGCGGUGUCCAGCCGAACACGGCCGAGCUGCCCGCCACCAACAACGCUCUGCUGUUUUUUACAAACAUACUUCCAGCUUCUGUUUUUCCUUUUCUAUUUCCUGAACGUUUUGGGAAAAGUCUGGAAAUUUGCGUGAGCAUGAACUCAGGCAAUCACACCCGACGAGGUAAAACGUUUUGCACGCAUACGUAAAGUAUUCCACCUUUGGGAAGAGUGUAGUCCUGAAUAUUUAGCCGUUAUACUUAUAUAAACCUUUGUCAUUUGUCCUUUUUGUAUGAUUUCUACUAUAAACUGUUGAAGUCAUGAUGAUGUUGGGUGUUGACACUAAAUGAACCUGCUGAGGGAAAAACAUCCGUUUCUCAUUGUCAUCCAUCUUGUCCCAAACUCUUCAACUCUCCUUAGUUUAUCCUCAACCAAUGUCACCAUCCUUUAUUAUUUGAACAUUUUUUUCUUUGCUUCAUCUUUUAUGAUUGUAAAUUGACUGAUGACUUUAUAUAUUUAGCUAAAUAAGUGAAAUUUCUUUGUCUGGUACGAGUUGUUUUUUUGUUGUUGUUUUUUUUUAAACCAGACAAAUCUGAGCACCAACGUUUUGUGACGUAUGUCCUCCAUACUUGUCCCCGAUAAUUUAUUAAAACAAGUUUCUUGAGUUCAUCUCGGUUCGAAACCCAGACAUCUUGACAGCAGAACAUCAAAUCUGUUUUGUUUUUGUUGCUCUUGGUGAAGUUUCACUGAAAAUGCUCCUGAUCACUAAACAUCCCACAGAUAAACUGGUGAAACCUGGAGAUCGCUUCCUCGUCCCCCUUCCUCUGACAGCUUGGAAAUGUUCGCCUUUGUCCUGUCCUGUUUUCACGCUCUGGACGUCUCGGAUCAGAACCUGGGGUAGAUUGAAAUCUCUGAUCUUCACAUUUUCCAAAUAAACGGGAGGAGCUAAAAAAAUUUAAAACAUAAAUAAAAGCAGCGCUCUCUGCCUAACAGAGUUCUCCGGGUGUGUCGGUGUUGUGCGGGUUUCCAGAAUAAGCUUACAUGCAGGUGAACGCUCGUCUGUGUAUUUCACUGUAAAUUAUUAACGGAAGUUCAACAUGUUAAUGUGCGUUAUGUGUAUCCAUGAUAUUCACUGCAUUGUGUGUGUGUUUUUUUUUGUUUGUUUGUUUUGUUUUCUGCUGUAAUCCCUCUGUGGGAAUGCUUUAGUUUGGAUAACUUGAAGGAAAAGCAUCCAGCCAUUUUGUGGCACCUUAUUUUUAUUUAUGUUUUUGGUGCAAUAAUAUCUGCUGCAGUGUUUUUUUCUGUUCAGCUACAUUAACUAUUUAUGGAACAAACUGUAAAAAAAAACAACAACAAAAAAAACAACCAACAAUGUCUCCUUCACUGUAAUAUUCAUUGUAAUGUCUGAAUGAUGAGCUUGUAAAGAGAAAAGAAAGCACUUUAUUUACGGUGA